AUGAAGUGUGCGAUUUGUAAAACAUCUCGGAUUGAAACCGAUGCGGCUCGAGAUAUUAGUUAUUGUACUUCUUGUGGUCUAGUUAUUGAAGAGAGUACUAUUGUAUCUGAUGUGCAGUUUGCCCAAGAUACAAAAGGUACUUCUGUGCUUCAAGGCCAGUAUGUAAGUAGUGGAGAUAGUAAGAAGUUAGUAGCUGGGAAGUUUAUUACGACCAACCAUUUAGCUAAUAUCAAGAAUACGGCUAAAUCAAUUGGUGAUUCGUUGGGAAUUGGAGAGACACAAAUCAAUGCAGCUAUGCGUUGGUACAACUUAGCCUUACAGUUUAACUUUACCAAGGGGCGUAAGACACAAGUUCUGUUGGCGGCUUGCUUGUACAUAACUUGUCGGGAGGAGGAGACGCCGCAUAUGUUGAUUGAUUUUGCCGGAGUGUUAAGAGUGAAUGUGUUUAAGAUAGGCAGUGUCUUUUUGAAAUUGAUUAGAUUGUUGAAUAUUACUGUUCCCUUAGUCGAUCCUUCUUUGUACGUGCCGCGGUUCUGCAGUAAGUUGCAAUUGACGAGUCCGCAAAUUGCGAAGACUUCUUUGCGGUUGAUUGCCCGAAUGGAUAGAGACUGGAUGGUAGUGGGUAGGAAGCCGGCUGGGAUUUGUGGUGCGGCUAUUCUAGUGGCCAGUCGGAUUCAUGGCAGUCCCCGUGGAGUUGAGGAGGUAGCUGGAGUAGUUAAAGUUUGUGAAGCAACUAUUAACAAGCGACUGGCCGAGUUGAAGGAAACGGCUACGGCUGGACUGUCCAUUAAUGAGUUCAAUACGGUUUGGCUGGAGAAAGAAGAAGAUCCACCGAUUAUCAAAGUACGGGGGCGUGCCCAUGUGAAAAGUACUCCGGAAGAAGUAGCUGGGCCUUUACCGGCUACACCAACGAGUAUUGCCUGGGGUGAGGAGAUGGAAGUGGGAGAAGCUAAUGCUGAGAGUGAUUUAGAUAGUGAAGAGGACGGAGUGAGUGAGGAUGCUCUUCUAACUGCUGAAGAGACUCGUGAGAAAGGAAGGAUUUGGGAGGCCAUGCAUGAGGAGUACUUAAUUGAGCGGAAGAAGCGCGAAGUCCGUACUAAGCCAAAAACACGCCGGGUGCGACCUAAAGCCUUACCUUUAGAAGAUGCCGUGGAAACUGCCGUCCGAGCCAAGCACUUAUCUUCUCGUAUCAAUUAUACAGCUAUCAAAAGUCUAUUCCAAAGAUAA